AAUGUCUUCUAAUGACUUGUCAAUUGUUCGUUAUGUUGGAAUUAAUGAAUGUAACCAUUGUGGAUAUUGCGAGUCUACAAAGAGGGCCAAGGCAAAAAUUGGUGAAUCUUCAACAGAAUCUCAAGAAGACGCGUCUAUUAAUCGAUACAAUUCUAACACUUUUGGGUUAUUCGCUUGUUUUUUAAGCCUAAAUUCUUUCAAUCUACUUUUGGAUCUCGGUUGGAGUCUAUGGGCUUAUCGUCUCACUGUUCGUGCCUAUCAAAAUUUGGUGGAUAGAGGAUGGAGGAGAUCUGGUAAAUAUUUGUACAAACCUAUAAUGAACAAAACUUGUUGUCCUCAAUAUACUAUAAGAUUAGAUGUUAACAAAUUUCGUCUUUCCCGAACACAAAAAAGAGUGCUUUCUGCAAUGAAAAAUUACCUUAAAAAUGAUAUAAAGCCUAAAGAAAAAGCUGUUGUUAAUAUGGAAAGUUAUGGUUCUUUAAAUAAAAAGGGGAGUCAAACAAAUGGAGAAAAAAUUGCAAAAAAUGAAGAAAAACAUAAAAAAAAAGAAUUUUCUACAACUGAACGUUUACCAAAAAAGAAAUUUUUGAGACGUUUAAAGGCUGAAGAACGCUUAAAAGCUAGGGGGGCUGAUUUAGAAAAGUAUAAAAAAGAACGUGCAGAAAAAGAAGCUGCUCGAGUCAGAACUUUACAAAGUUAUUUUGAUUAUUUAAAAGAUGAAAAAAUUGGACAGGAAUGGAAACAUCGAUUAGAGAUAAAACUUGUUGGACAGCCCUCUCCAGAAUUAGAAGCAGAUUUUGAUGAAGAAUUUGAACUUUUUAAACGUUAUCAAGUCGAAAUACAUAAAGACGAUCCUGAUGAAUUAUCUACAAGUUCUUUUACUCGUUUUUUGGCUUCGUCUCCUUUAAUUGCUGAAGAAGAGAAUCAAAAAUCAAGUGAAUUUACUUCACUUGGUUCUUAUCAUCAACAAUAUCGUUUAGAUGGCCGUAUAAUAGCUGUUGGAGUAAUAGAUAUUUUACCAAACUGUUUUUCUUCAAAAUAUCUUUUUUAUGAUCCAAAUUAUUCUUUUCUUUCUUUGGGUGUUUAUUCUGCAUUGUGGGAAAUUAAUUUUACAAAAUUUUUGGCAAAACAGAGACCAAAUUUGCAUUAUUAUUAUAUGGGCUUUUACUUGUAUGAUUGUCCAAAAAUGCGUUAUAAAGGAUGUUUUAGACCUUCGGAUUUACUUUGUGAUUAUUGCUUUGAUUGGGUACCUCUAUCAGAAUGUGACAAACUUUUAAAAGAAAAAGGUGGUCGUUUUACAACAUUUCACCCAAAUUUGGAAACUUCUAAAAAACCAGAACCUAAUGAAUCCCAAUUAUCUCAAGUUGUGUGUUUAACAGAAAAUAAAAGGCUUUACUAUGGUGCUUUAAAAGCAAUUUUAGAGCAAUAUGGAGAUGCUAAAGAUGUUGAAGAUUUGAAUGAAAAAGUUGUAAAUUUUGUAAAUUAUGCGGGUCCGGCAUCUUCUCAAAUUGUUUUGAUGUUGUAG